AUGACCAUAUCGCAAACGGAGGACGCAUGUAACGAGGACGAGGACGAGGAUGAGGAGUGGUUCACGUCCACGUCACUCUCUACUGUCACGUGGUCCGGGAAUUCCGCGGCUAUGGCAUCGAGCGAGGGGUGCGAGCCGAGCAGCACUACGCGUGGAACGGGGUGUAGCCGCAGCCACGAUAGCAGCGCGCGCCGAUGCGCAUACGUGGUUACGUUGUACGCGGUGGGGGCGGAGAAUAUUGUAAGCCGCGGACACGUGGAGGAGAGAGGGGAAGCCACUGAGGAGGAGGAGCCGGCGGUGGUUGCGGAGGCGCUGGGGGACGAGGGGCUGGAAGGGGAAGACGAGGAAGAGGAGGAGGAGGAGGAGGAGGAGGAGGAGGAGGAGGAGGAGGAGGAGGAGGAGGAGGAGGAGGAGGAGGAGGAGGAGGAGGAGGAGGAGGAGGAGGAGGAGGAGGAGGAGGAGGAGGAGGAGGAGGAGGAGGAGGAGGAGGAAGAGGAGGAGGAGGGGGAGAGAUGGGAAACGGAGGACCAAGCUGAUGGCAUGUCACUGCUCUGA